AGACGAGAAUCUUCGGUGUCUUCUCGGAAGGAGGAAACAAGGGAAAGCUUCAUCGAUCAUUUGUUGCUUUGGAGGCAGUUCAUGUUCAUGUGUCGUAAGUUUGGUUUUCUCUCUUGACCGCUCCGACCGAGCCUGCUUCCCACGGAAACCACAGUGUGGUCCGAAGUUGGCUCGGAGCUACCUGUUUGUGAGCACGCCAGGUAGUUUCCUGGGCUGGUUUCUGAAGCUCGACAACAUCCAACUAAGAAGGGGCGAACGACCUGCCCCUGCAAUCUCUAAUUUGCAGUGAUUGACUGCGUUUUUUUUGUUUUUUGUUUUUAACAGAGCCCAGGUAGUCUUGUUUCUCACCUGUAGACUGACUUUAACUUAUUUUGAAACAGAGAUGUCCACUGCUCGCUUUGACUCAUCUGAUCGUUCGGCCUGGUAUUUUGGACCCGUGUCACGCCAAGAGGCACAGAAUAGGUUACAAGGACAGAGACAUGGCAUGUUCCUGGUUCGAGACUCGUCCACCUGCCCGGGGGACUACGUGCUGUCGGUUUCCGAGAACUCCAAAGUGUCUCACUAUAUCAUCAACUCUUUGCCCAGCAAAAGGUUUAAGAUCGGUGACCAGGAGUUUGAGCACCUGGCUGCCCUCUUGGAGUUCUACAAAAUCCACUACCUGGACACGACCACGCUGAUAGAACCAGCUCCCAGGUACCCAAGCACAGUGAGCGGUCCGAUCCAGCCCAUGGGCGGCCAAGAAGAGAACCUGGAGUAUGUUCGGACUCUGUAUGACUUCACUGGCAGCGACGCCGAGGACCUCCCCUUCAAGAAGGGCGAGAUUCUCAUCAUUCUCGAAAAGCCCGAGGAGCAGUGGUGGAGCGCCAAGAGCAAAGACGGCCGCGUCGGUAUGAUCCCCGUUCCCUACGUGGAGAAAUUGGUACGACCCUCGCCCCACACGGGUCAGCCGACCCUCGGAUCCCGCAACUCCAACAGCUAUGGCAUCCCAGAGCCCUCGCACACCCUCGUCCACGCCUACGCCCAGCCGCAGACCCCGUCGCCACUGCCUCCGGGCACUCCCGGAGCAGUCAACACUCCGCUGCCAUCAUUGCAGAACGGACCUGUCAUGGCUAAAGCCAUCCAGAAACGAGUGCCCUGCGCCUAUGACAAGACAGCUCUUGCUUUGGAGGUGGGUGACUUAGUCAAGGUGACGCGGAUGAAUAUCAACGGUCAGUGGGAGGGAGAGGUGAACGGACGUAGGGGUCUCUUCCCAUUCACCCAUGUGAAAAUCCUAGACCCCCAGAACCCGGACGAGAGCGACUGACUGACCUGAGGGUAGACCUCCUUGCCCGGACCGAGCUGUACACGAGUCCGCCCCAGUCUACCAACCAGUGUCACUGUGUGCUUUUCCUGCUUGGGGCUGUACCAUGACAAUGCCCCCCAAACGUCGCCCUCGCUCCCUCUUUCUCUCUUCUUGCCACUGCUGUUGCCAACUGCUGCAAGGCUUUGACUGUUUACAUCCUUGGAUCCAUCCAAACUAAAAGUGGACUCCCCUGAUAAGCAGUGUUCGUACACCGGGUUCCAUUUCACUUCAUCUCUAAUGUAUAUUUACCACAUGACAUGUUUUGAGUGUGUGUAUGUUGUGAUUAUUUGUACAAAUUGUUGGGAGGCGGGCAAUGAGGCAAUGUAAUAUUUUCUCCAAGCAAUCGAGUCUGUCUUAACCUUAAUUAAGCACAUACAUGGCCGCCUGUGGUGUUGAUGUGCAUCCAUUGCUAAUUCCAAUCUACAAGAUAUGUGUCAUUUUCUAUGAUUUAUGCCACCUGGACUACAAUUUGUCUAGUUCGCAAUGGACAGGAUGUAUGUAGGCGGAGUGUCUUUGCAUGUCUCCGAGCUCAGACGUUGUACGUCGAGAUGAGCUGCAAGCUUAUGACGCUGAGCUUUGCGACUGCACUUCCAACUGUAGCAGUGGUGGGGAACCUAACAUACUGGCUGGCCCAUAUCAAAUUCUUAAAAAAAAAAAAAAAACUUGCUCACAAUAUAUCAUAAACAUUUAGCAAAUUGUUGUAUCACAUUUUCAGAAAUUUAGUGUGGCCUUCAGAUUACAAGAAAAGUAAAAUGGCCCCUGGUAGGAAAAUGGUUCCCCGCCCCUCUACUGUGAGGAGGUUCAGAUGAGAAACAUCUCCCAAGUCUCUGUAAGCCAAUGAGUCCAUAAAUGCCUUUUUUUCCAGAGAAAGAUAAAUGCAUUAUUUACUGCAUUUAGUGUGUUUUUUAAAUGAUGUUACUCCUCCUUGUCUAUUUAGGAUUUUAACAAGCUUUUUUCUUUAAAUGUUGGGCCCGCACAGCCGAUCUCUUUAUGCAAGCUGCCUCGUGUCAGUUGUGGAAAUGUUGAUUCUAUUUUAACUGUAGGAGCCCCCCCACAUAUCUGCUGGAAAAAAAAAAAAGACCUGCCUCUUUGUCAUGUAUUUUUUGUUUGAUUGUUUUGUUCAAAUUACUCUUUAUUUGGUCAGAUGAGUUGCUGUGACUGAUUGAGUGAUGCUGUUCAACAAAAGGGAAACAGGCCUCUCGGCCAAGGAGACACUUGUGGCCACAUGCUGCUUUAUGUCGUUCAUUUCUUCAUUGUUAUUCUUUUACAGCCUCCUGGUCUUCGCACUUGAUCCAAUCUACUAAUUAAGCAAUACACCCCCGAUUGUCAGUGACCCACCUUGAGGUGAACCUCUCGUGCUUCUCAGUCGUUUUGUAAUGGCAUUAACAGUAUUACUGUGUCCCCUGACUCUUAGGAAAGCCUGUCUUUUACUUAAGGAUUAAGAAUUGUGCCUUUUAUUUUCUUAUACCAUUGACACGUGUUAAUGUUUCCCAUGGUUAACACCUGUGCUGGUAUUGACCCUUUAUGUACAGAACAAGUAAAUAAAAUUUACAUCUACUAGUUGAA